AUGAAACAACAAAUAAUGAUCAACGAACUACUAUCCAGGUUAAAAACUUAUUUGAAUUGUGUUUGUUUGGGCAAAUACGAAAUAAAAGAAAAUAAGACCAUGGAUGAUUUGAAGACAAAAAUUGAUCAAGCCUGCAGAGUAGCAGAAGAGUUUACGAAACUGUAUUAUGAAACUGUGGACAAAAGGCGACAUCUCCUAUCGAGGUUGUAUCUGGACACUGGAUUAUUAUCUUGGAAUGGCAACGGUGUGACUGGGAAUGAAAAUAUACUGAAAUUUGUUAUCGAAUUACCAACUUCAGAACAUACGAUUAACACUUUGGAUGCCCAGCCUGUUUUAGAAUCAGCAGUCAAUGGACAGCUAACGUUUGUUAUACAAGUUACAGGUACUGUCAAGUACCAGGAUAAGACUCCGAAAACUUUCCAACAAAAUUUUAUAAUCACAGCACACGGAGACAAAUGGAAGAUUGUCAGCGAUUGCUUUAGACUUCAAGAACCUCUCACCGCAAAUACUUAACAUAAUCCUUAAUAUGAUGUUUGUAAAUAAAAACCUAAAAUUACAUCAAUAAUAUAUUUGAAUUUUAUAAUAAACGAGUACAAAAUCCUAGAUUAAAAUGGUAAAAAAGCAAAUAUACAAGAUAUUCGGGAAGUAAAAAUGAAUAUAUCAACCACCAACAAAUUCAUUUUUAAACUAAAUAUCUCGCAAUUAUUUUUUGUAACUUGAAAAAUUGUGUAAAAACGGGGAUUACACGCCCAACUAAAUAACAAUAAUUUCUCUCAAACACUCCGCAUUAAAUAUUUUAAUGUAAACUUAGGCAGCUUUCGGUUACAAUUAAACAAUGUUUAAAGUGUCUGCUCUAAAUUAUUUAACUUUUAAAGCCAAGUUCAAAAUUUCAGUUUCCAAAACAACUACUAAAAUUUUCAAAUCGAUUAUAAAUAAUGCCAAUAGUUUGUACAAAAGUGAGCAACAAUAGACGAAACAACUAAAAUCAUCAGUCUUAAGGGUUUUGAUGAUAACAUGGACACUGAAUCGGUCUUUGAGGAAUGCAUACAACUAAAAAAUUCUCUUCUCUUUACAUUAAAAACGUUAAAUAGAUAGUCUAAGAGAAUAAAAAAGGAUUAUCAAAAAGUGCGAAUUUAUUCACGGGACCAGUAAAUACUUUGUGCCCUCACUUAUCAAAUUUUAAAUUCCGUUACACAUGUAUAUUUUUUAGAAUAUUAAAUGACUUUUACAUGACUUGCAUAUAAUCAUAAUAAUGAACGACAUCUUAUAAUAUCCAAAAAAAACCAUCAAAUCUUAAACAGUAUUUUCACAAUAAAAAAGCAGUCAAAGUCAUUUCUGGAUUUGUUUUCAACAAAUAUACAUCCAGAAAUCCACGAUACACAUCUAAAGUUACAUUUCGCCUCGUUUCUUUCAACACAACGUAAAAAAAAUCGAUACAUCUCCGGUUCUUGUCACGGAACCAAUAAAUUACUACAAUCGAUAAAAAAAUAAACUAUCCCAGAUCUCUCGCGAACUAAUUUCCCAGUUGAAAUUCCAUCCGCGUAUUCAUACAACUAAACCACAAACAAUUCCGCGACAAAAUUAACUAUUAAAUAAAACAUCAACAAUUAUAAAUAAAUUUUACGCGUUAUGUUCAUCGGAAUUCAAAUGAUUAACGUUGUCUAAAUCGUGCAUUCCAUCCGCUACGCCCUCGUCGUUGUCGUUGGGGUGCGAAGGCGCCGGCGCGUCCCCAAGCGGAUGAAUUUGUGGAGGCCCCAAAGGGUUACCUCUAGAAUCCAAUUCAAGCGCCGGAUCGGCGGUGGCCUCGGCCAAAUUGGUCACGCUCUUCGAUUUCACGCACUGGAAAUCCACGUGACGACUCUUCGCCUCCUCUUUCUCCCAAGACAUGUGGAUGAACGGUCGCUGUACGUAGUUGUAAAUCACCUCCGAUCGACCGCCCGGUCGCUUUUUCAC